AAAACUUUAACUUAUAACAUAAAAAGUCAACAGCAACACUGAAUAGUCUAAUAAAAUAAACCUUUAUAUUUUUAUAUUAUUAAUAUUCAAACGUUUCUCAGCUUUAACAAACUGUCUACUGGUUUUUUGAUUUGUCAUAAAUAAAUUCAAUAUCGGUAUCAUAAAUGGGGGAUGAAAAGUCUGAAGAUCUUUCGCAAACGGAAUUAUCAAACUGUGAGAAUGUUAAAGAAAAUGAACCAAAAGAUAAUGAAAAUAAUGGUAAAGCAGAUAAAAUGAAAGUUGACAUAUUGCUUAAGGCCACUGGUAAUGCUCCCAUUAUGAAGAAAAAAAAGUGGGCUGUAGAUGCAGAAAAACCUAUUGGCUGGAUUAUGGAGUUUGUUAAGAAAUAUUUAAAACUCGAACCUGAAGAAAAAUUGUUCCUUUACGUUAACCAGACGUUUGCACCAUCACCAGAUCAAAUAAUAAGAAACUUGUACGAGUGUUUUGGUACUGAUGGUAAACUAGUACUACACUACUGUAAGAGUCAAGCGUGGGGUUAAGAAUACAAGUGUGAUUUGUAUUACUGAUAACAAUUUAAAAGGCAUACAUUUUAUUUUUACCGACUUCAAAAAGGAGGAGGUUAUCAAUUUGUCUAUAUUUUUUUUUGUGCAUUUAUCAGUCAUGCUGUUGAUGCAUAAAUGAAUAAAUAACUGUUUUACUGAUAGGCACUUAAUUUAUACUUAAAAUACAACAUACUAUCCACAGUCAGUUUGUAUGUCUAAUGCGAUAAAUAUGUUAAUUUUAUAUUAUGUAUGCUCUAUUUAUUUAAAUAUAUGUAAGAAUAUAUUAAUUUUACUUUAAAUGCAUUGUGAUAAAGUUUUAUUUAAUUUGUUAAUCAUACAUCAAAGACAAUUUAAUAUUUAAUUGAUUUAGCUCUAAGUAUAGAAAGUAAUGAAACAAAGUUACUGUAUAAAAUGUAAUAAAUAUAAUAAAAUUAUCAAUAUUAUGAAAUACAA